AUGAAUGCUUUUUCUGCAGGUGGGACACUGCCAGUGCGUCGUCUGCCUCACACUGGACCCGGUCGGCGCUUCGCUAUCUUCAGGGGUCGCAUCGUCGGGGGAUACGACGCCAAAAGUGGUGAGUAUCCGUACAUGGUAUCACUGCAGCUCGUGGUAUCGGGUACCCGGUUCUACAACUGUGGCGGCUCCAUCAUCUCUGAGAGCGCCGUCCUCACCGCAGGACAGUGCGCUGUUGACACUGGAUACUACAUCGCUGUGGCCGGAGAGCUCGACAUGAGUGUUGACGAGGGCAGCGAGCAGGAUAUCCGAGUCUCAGAGCAGAUCGCGCAUCCCGACUACCCCGGCGGUACCGAGGUAGCUGAACACGACAUCGCUGUCUUCAAGUUGGAAUCCCCACUGACCCUAAACGACUACGUCCAAAUCAUCGGCUUGCCCAGCGCCGAUUCAAUCCCUGAAUCUGGAUCUGAAGCGGUCGUUACUGGCUGGGGUAAAACGUAUACCGACGACACUCCUGAUAUUCUGCAGACUCUCGACGUCAGCAUAGUUUCCUACAGAAAAUGCAAAGCAGACAUAGACAAUCUGGAUAUCGGAGAACAAUUUCCGCCCGAUAAUCCGCUUACGGAAACUAUGGUCUGUACAGGUCCUGUCUAUGAUGAAAUCUCCGUCUGCGAUGGUGACCCCGGUAGUCCACUGGUGCAGAACAACGAGGUGAUCGGCGUGGUGUCCUGGGGAAUAGACCCGUGUGGAUACCAAGGCGCUCCAUCUGUCUACACAAGAGUGUCUGCUCACAUAGACUUCAUCAACCAAAAUCUCUGAAGGGGCACUUUGGGUGUGUAAAGCGACUUGCUUGCUGUGAGGCAUGUACCUUUAAUAAAUUGCCACCCACAAGCUGAA